GCCGCGCGGCGGGCGCGCUGCGCACGCGCAGUAGCCCCCCUCUCCCCCCGCGGGCGGUGCUGCUGGCUCUUGGCAGGUGGCAGCUCGGCCGUUAAACCGGAGCCGCGCGGAGCAGCCCCGCCCCCCACGCGUCGCGGGCCGCGCCGGCCCGGCAGAGGGAAAAUCGUCCCACUUCUGAAAUCCAUGGCUGUGAUGGUGAGACUGGUGUUUCUGAUGGAGACAUUCAAAAUGCCUGUAACCCAUGGGGAUCGGCCUUUCAUUUCAGUUUCUAUUACCAAGAAUUAAAUGGCUUCAGCCCAGCAUGGUGGUAACCCUAUGGGCAUGAGGCUGUAGCGCCCUCUAGCUUUGAAGGAUAGAUCAUUCACAGAAGGGAAUGUUACGGUGGACUGUGCACUUGGAAGGUGGGCCUCGGAGAGUGAACCACGCUGCUGUGGCUGUUGGCCAUAAAGUAUAUUCCUUUGGCGGGUAUUGUUCUGGUGAAGACUAUGAGACUCUGCGGCAGAUUGAUGUCCACGUAUUUAAUGCAGUGUCUCUGCGCUGGACCAAGCUGCCGCCAGUGUGGACAAACAGCCGGGACCACGUGAGGGAGGUGCCCUAUAUGAGGUAUGGGCACUCAGCUGUGCUGAUUGACGAUACCAUCUACAUAUGGGGAGGCCGUAACGACACUGAGGGAGCCUGCAAUGUUCUCUACGCCUUUGAUGUCAACACUCACAAAUGGUUCACACCCAAGGUCUCUGGAAUGGUCCCAGGAGCGAGAGAUGGGCACUCGGCUUGUGUCCUCGGAAAGACCAUGUAUAUCUUCGGAGGCUAUGAGCAGCUGGCUGACUGCUUCUCAAAUGACAUCCACAAGUUGGAUACCAGCAACAUGAUGUGGACUCUAAUCCCAGCGAAGGGCACACCAGCUCGCUGGAGAGACUUCCACUCAGCCACCAUCAUUGGGACAAAGAUGUAUGUAUUUGGUGGCAGAGCAGAUCGCUUUGGGCCCUUUCACUCCAACAACGAGAUCUACUGUAACCGAAUUAAAGUGUUUGAUACUGAAACAAACUCCUGGCUGGACUCCCCUCCUACUCCAUUGCUCCCUGAAGGCAGGAGGAGCCACUCGGCAUUUGGCUACAGUGGGGAGUUGUAUAUAUUUGGUGGCUACAAUGCACGUUUGAACAGACACUUCCAUGAUCUCUGGAAAUUUGAUCCAGUAUCUUUUACCUGGAAGAAGAUCGAUCCCAAGGGGAAAGGGCCAUGCCCGCGCCGCAGGCAGUGCUGCUGUAGAGUGGGGGACAAGAUCAUCCUAUUUGGGGGCACCAGUUUAUGCUGAGCAGAUUGGAAGCUGCUGUCUUAAGACACAUUGAGAAUCAACCAUUUCACGUUCUCUCAAGCAACACGGAUUCUUCAAACUGAACUUUGGUAGCUAGUAGGAACUGCGGCAAAUCGGGAUUGCUGGGCCCCUCUCAGAGCUGGGGAGGGGGCUAGCUAGCCUGGGAGGGGCUGGUUCACUUCCUGCAGGCAGUUAUCAGGUGUGUUCUGGAGCUGGCUGGCUGGCUUGAUAAGAAGUUUUCCAGGAAGUCCUUGUAAAUGGAGAGCUCCCUAUAGUCUGGAUUGUCUGCUGGAGGCUGCAGGUCACCAGGAAGUGGAGAGAAAGAGCAGAGAUAAAAUUUCAGCACAGAGGAAGGGAUUAAAGAGGAGAACUGAAACAAUAACAGCAGGCAGCCCCUGGCCAGCUGCGUGGCAGAAGCGGCUGGCUCCUGGUAAAGGGAAAGUGAGGCCCCUCUCUGUUCUGCCUGUCCCAUCCAAAGGAACUGUUUUCUCCCUGCUGCAGCAGCUGCCUCAUUGUCUAAGUGCUAAAUGGCGCUUGGAGGAGUCCUUUAGAAGCUGGGCCAGGCAGUCUGUGUAUCUGGAGCAAUGUGGUCCAAAUGCAUCCCUACACUCCAUCCAGAGACCUUCAGUCUGUGCCCUUUAUAACCCAGCCUGCCCCAAACACUACAUGGAAAUGCAGUGUCCCCCCAGAUCUCAGCCAUGUCUCACCCACCUACAUCAAUUCCCUCCCACACUGCAUUCGUCAGAGUCCUAGCCGUAGCCUGAUUUGAGGCUUGUGGGGCUCGGGAUCCCGGGGCAGAGAGGAUGGACCAGGCUGUGAGUUUCUUCUCUGCAUCUCCCAGCCCUGCCACUGGCAGAUGUGAGGCUCCUAAGUCUGAGCCAGCCUGUGAGUUUCUACCUACCCCAGUGCUGCCACACAUGAUCCCAUGGCAUUCCUGCCUGAAGCCAGCUCUGCACACUGCAGCCACAGCACUAAUAUUUUUAACCAGGGACUUUCCAAGUAAAACGUGUUGGUGUAGUAUUGUGGCUACCCCGUGAACAGUGCAGAGCUCAGGCAGAGUUCCCUGUUAGCUCUGCCUCUGGGUCACAGGGAUUACAAUAUGGCCAGAUCAGAUUCCCUCCAAUAUAAUGUUACAGCACUCCAAGGACCUUGGAGGUGAGUGGAGGGGUGAUUCUUCAGUAAAUGUUCCGUUACAGAGUGCUUAUGUGUACCUAAGGGGGACUGGAGAACUCUGCUGGACCCUUCAAAAGGGAAGCAUCCUUGUCUUAAGCUGUGUAUUUCCUGACUCUCAUGUGUUUAGGAGUGAGGUCUCUUUCGCAUGGAAUAUACAAUGUGUAACUUGAAAAGGAAUCUGGUAAGGAACCCAGAGCUUGGAUGCCCCUGCUUUUUCAUCUAGGAGCCCCCUCUCAACCAGCUGCUGCUGCUGCCUCAGAGCCCUCCCUUUCUCCAGCCUCCACUCUCUGUCCAAGAGUGUUGGAAGCAGCUCAGAGUGCUGGCCCCAUGGGAGAUGGGGCCUGAAGCUGGAAGCUUUGCUGGUGUCUGGCUGCUAGUGGAUGAGGAUGUGUCCUGAGACUCCCUUUCCUGGGAGCUGUUCACACUGACUCUCAUCCCUUAGCUGCUCUCCUGGCCUUGAACUCGAGCUUCCCUUAGCCCCCUCAGUGUGGUGAGAAUUCAGCAGACGUGGGGCCUGCUGGCUGUCCCUCUGAAAGAUAAGGGAUGCAUUAGGGUUUCCUGUGAGGUGGAUAUGAGAUAAGAUUAGAUUAUCCUGGCUAUGAAACCGCUACACCGUGGUGGGAUUAAAGGGCUCUUUCCUGAGCUCAGACAGAUGGGACCCAUCAGCAACAGGUACUGUUUCUGCCAAUAUGGCCGCUGCACUGAUCACUCAUGGCAGCAGGGUGGUAAGGCUGCCCCCUGGCGCUGGAGUAAGGACUGGGGAGGUUGUCUGCCUCCACAUUCUGUGUCUCCUCUACCUUGGGUCCUUUACCAGCCCUCUGAUCCUCAUGCACAAAAGCUUGAGACGGGCAGAACCUGAGAAGUCACCACUGAUGCUCGUCUGCCAGCUGAGAUCUGAAAGUUCCAUCUGUGUCACUUUAAACUACCCCAUCCCAUGCUAAAGUGGAACUUGUGAACUCACUCUUAUGUACCAUUUUUAACAUCUGAUAAUAGCUUUCCACCAUGGAGAUUGUGCUGUACUUAUUCAGAGGACAGAUUGGCAGGGACGGUGUGUCCUCCAUUAAUGUGCCUCUUGCCAGUUGGGAGAAAGGGAUUCAGGUCAUUCUGGCUCACGUAGGUCUUAGCUUCUCUACUGGGAAUGCACCAGAGGGUGCCAGUCUGCUAGGAGCUAGCCUGAAAUUGGAACUCCUUUCACAGGUCACAGAACAGCCAUCAGAUGGCAACAACUUCAGGUUCCAAAUUAGUUGGGACUGGCUUGAAAGGAGUGUGCAGAGAUCACUUGGUACCAUUCCUUUAACCAGUCAGGCCUCUGAACUUUUUGAGCUGUGUCUGUUUUAGAAUGGAGAUGAAGUAGUUCUGACUGACGCUUACAGUGCCCCCCUGGUUAAGGCUGUAUGAGCAUUUCCAGCCUAAUUACCUUUUGUCAGUUGCUUAUAACUUUGUCCGGCUUCCCCCUUUUGGGAUAUGAAUGGAGCAGCUGAAAUGCAUCUUGAAAUAGCUUGUAACCAGGAAGAGAAGAUGUUUAACACCCAGAAAGUGAUAAAGGCACUAUAAAAAUGACUCGCUAAGAGCAGCCAGGGAAUCUUGGGAAGGGCAGGGUGGGCAGCAGGGCCCUGCUUAUGCAUGUUUCGGUACGCUGCAGACCUUCAUGGCAAAUGUGCCUUCAUGUUUUCUGCUGAAGAACUUGGGGAGGUUCUGAGCUGAAGGCAAGCAAUGCCGUUCCUGGGGAGGAGAGGGCCAGGCCAAGGGCUGAUGUCUGCAUGAGGAGCAUUGGCACCUAACUACUUAAACAGGGAUGUUGCAUGUUUUACUAGAGUCUGCAGAAUCUAGCUUUUCAUUUUUAAGCAUUUUCCCUAAGAUGAUGGGCACUAGUAAUUGGUAGCUACAGAAUUGCAGUGGGAGGGGCAGCCCUCUCAUGGGCUCUGCAGAAGUCCUGGUAGCUACUAGCUCAGCAGCUGCUCUUUUCACUGGCCUGUAGCAAUCUGGAGCCUUUGUUUUGCACCAAAAGUACCUUUCUUUGGGGAGAAUAUUAGGGAGUUGUGUUUUGAGAGUGCUACAGGAGCAGCCCUUCUACCUCUGGAAUUGUAUGGCUCUCUGCAUACACUGGCUUCAUCCCCGGGAGGGUCAGUGCUCUCUGUCCUGUGACUUGCAG